AUGUUGUCGUCACCGCUUCUCCCUCCGCCUCGGUUACCACCGGAUACGGCCCGUUCGUCUCCGUCUUCCUCUCACCCCCUCCUCCCUCUUUCUCUUAACGGCGUGGAAAUGCCAGAUUUGGUCUCUUCUCCGUUGAUUGGUUCCGACUCUGCUCCUCUCUUUCCCAAAUCUGUCUUAGAAAAGGGUGUUCUCGGCAAAGAUCCUCCUCCCUCCUCAGCCUCGUCUUCUUUGCUUGCUCCCGUUCUAAAAGGGCAAGCUAUUUCGUCUUCUGCUCUUCAUAAGACGAGCCGAAUUGGGGUUUCGUCCAGUAAAUCGGGUAAAACUUCAUCCUCUUCCUCACUACCGCAUGGGUCAAGCCCAACUAAAGCUUCGCCUGUGGCUUCUUCUAUUCCCAAGGUCUCCUCUACGGGUUUCAAUUGGACAGAGAAUAUAAAUCCUAGUUUUCGAAUUCCAGAUUCAACUGUUCCGGUAACUGUUUCUCCGGAUGGUAGGCCUCGGGUCAAAGUUCCAAAUGUGGUCUUCGAGAGAGGAGCAAAAAUACACUCGGACUAUAUAGUUGGGAUUUUCUACGGGAAUGCUCCAUCUUAUGGGAAGGUCUGGGGAGUGCUUAACUUUCUGUGGGGCAAAGAUAAAAAAGUAACGGUUCAUAGCCUCACAUCAAAUGCUUUUCUUUUCCACAUUUCAUCGGCUGCUCUUCAUCGUCGGGUGUUGCAGCAUGAAUUAUGGCGGGUUGGUGAUUCCCCAUUCUUUGUCACAGAGUGGAAAGCUUCUUAUAGUCUCAACCCUCCAUCUUUAGAGAGAGCUCCUAUUUGGGCAACUACUCAGUACAUCCCUUUUGACUUGGUAACAGAAGAAGGAAUGAGCUACAUAGCCAAACCUUUAGGAAAAGUGGUUGAUGCAAAGCCCUUCACUAGUAUCAAUUCGGCUCAAAUCAAGGUGAUAAUGGAUUUGUCGAAGCCCCUCCCGAAAGAAUUGGAGAUCGAGAGGGAAGAUGAUGGUGUUGUGCCAAAUCGAACCUCAAGUUGUGAAGCUCAACAAUCUGGUAAUGGUGCCACAGUCUCUACACUUUUUGAUACCUCCCAUCCCAAAGAGACUACUUUGUCAAAGGGGAUAGUAAUUCGCGUCAACCUCUUAUACCUAGUGUCAAGGAAGGUUCAGUUGUGGUACCUAGGACUUUCCCAGUCCCUCGAGAGAAUGGUCGGGGUCACUUAUCUUCAAAGGAUGUUGCUUCUAAACCUGCCGAAAAAAAGUGUUAUCUCGUCUUCGGGUAAAGGCUCUUGCAAUGAAAACCGCAUCAAUGAUGUUGCUUCUCCUGUUAGUAAAAUGCAUAAUUCACCUCCAAAGUUGGAAUUGAAGUGUGUAAAUCAGUUUGAAUUUUUGAGUCAAGAUGGUGAGAAGAUGGAGUCUGACAAGCAGUUAGCUAUUAUUGCCCAGCCUUCUCCCCCUUCCACUCAGUCUCUUGCUAUUGUGUCGAUCACACCGCAUAAAAAGAAGAGGAAGAGAAUCCUCAGCGGCUCACCUACUUCAGGUGACGGUUUUCCCCUGCAUCGUCCGCUCACCAACUGGAUUAAGUCAAAACCAGUUUCUUUUGGAGCGCUUCUAGAAACGCAUGUAAGGAAAUCAAAUAUAAACCACAUUUUGUCUUCUAUUGGCCCUGAGUGGCUGUCUAUUAGUAAUUACCAACACUCGGAUCUCGAUAAGAUUUGGAUUAUCUACAAAGCUCCAACGAAAGUCAAGCAUCUCUUCUCGGAUCUUCAGUCUAUUACGGUGGAAUGA